AUGAAUAUGUUGGAUGAUGAAGAUGACCAAAGCUUUCACGCUACGCGUGACGGCUACUCCCAUUUGAGCGAUGUCGAAUGGGAUGCGGUUGAACGAAUGGGUUCGACCAUGGGCAUCCAUGCUGUUAGCGUCAUGCUAGAGGCUCUCAAUAGAGAUGCCCAACAUGCUACUAUCGCCAAGUUCAUUCAAAAUGAAAUUGACGCAGAACGCGAGAAAGUAGCCUUGCUUCACCAACAAGGUUCUCAACAAGCAGAGUUGUUGAGAGAACAAGGUGCUCAACAGUUUGAACUGUUGAGACAGCAGCAGGCUGCUGCUGGCGGGUCGAUGCACUCGCGUCGGACCCGAAACCUUUGA